AUGUCGAAUUGGUUCUCAGGCUGGUUCGGCUCCUCGAGCAGCGCAACAGCCGCCCCCAAACAAACCGAAAAACCCAAGCCAUGUUGCGUCUGCAAAGAAGAAAAGACCGCCCGCGACGACUGCAUGCUUUUCUCCAAAGCCGAUGAUCCCGCGCAGACAGAUUGCAAGCCGUUGGUUGAGCAGUACAAGGCUUGUAUGGCUGGAUAUGGAUUUAAGAUCUGA